UAUGGGUUGGGAUGCGAAGAUUUGAAUUUUCAGGCGUGGUGUGUGUGCUGCUAUGGCGUCGAUGCGGCGGAGAGUAGGGAGCUACAUUUGCUCGGAGCUCUGUGGCUCGGUUAUGAACCAGAGGCUGUACUCUUCGAGGGUGGACUGGAAGCAGCUUCGGCCUAUGAUCCUCAAGAGGAUAAAGAACCGGGCACAGGAUUAUCCAGUCAAGCGCAUGAUUCCAGUUGCAGAGGAGGUAUUCGAGGCUAGAGAGAUUGUCACCAGAGGUGUAUCAGCACUGCUUCAAGUUGUUCCCGUACAUUCAUGCAAGUUUUGUCCUGAAGUUCAUAUUGGAGCUUUAGGGCAUCAGAUGAAAUCAUGCCAUGGUUUCAAGCGUAUGAUCAAGGAUCAGCCGCAUAAAUGGGGACCAGGGUGCUUGAAUGAUAUCCUUGUCCCUGUUGAAUCCUUCCACCUGGAAAACACGUUCCAAGAUGAAAUAAAGCAUGACCAGAGGUUUGAUUUCCCUCGCGUCCCAGCUGUACUCGAGCUCUGCAAUCAAGCAGGUGCAGAUAUACCUGAUGAAGUUUGGCAUACGGAUGGCACAUUAUCCACAACAGUCAGAGGAAAUGAUGAAAACCCUGCCACUUUUUUGCCAGAAGAGCUUAGAUUCAUAGGUCAGAGAACAAUAGAAGCAUGGGAAAGGCUCAGAUUAGGUGUGACAAAACUCCUAUUGGUCUACCCAUCCAAAGUGUGUGAGCAUUGCUCUGAAGUGCAUGUUGGGCUAUCAGGGCACAAGGCUAGAAUGUGUGGAGUAUUCAAGUUCCAGGGCUGGCGUGGUAAGCACAAGUGGAAAAAGGCCGGUGUGGAUGACUUAGUUCCUCCAAAGAUUGUUUGGCAUCAGCGGCCUCAUGACCCACCGGUUCUUGUUGACAGUGGGAGAGAUUAUUAUGGUCAUGCACCUGCAGUCAUUGAGCUUUGUAUGCAGGUUGGUGCAAGAGCACCCCCAAAAUACCAUUGCAUGAUGAAGGCACAAGGUCUGGCACCGCCAAUUAAAUGAGGCCUUGGGAUCUAAGGAGUUGAUUACCUAGUUAGAUCAACACAUAGUUAGACACAUGAAUUGUACAGGUCAGACAUCAAAAGACUAAUGCAGAGAAACUCAAUGGUUGCAAAUGUUGUGCUUUACCGAAGACAUUAGUUCUUUGAAGACUGUCUGUUAUCAGAAUUAAGGUCAGAAUUAACACAAUUAAUUUAUAUACCCACUGAUCUGAAUUAGAAUUCUCAGAUUAAAAUUCUUUCUGUGGACAUCUGCAUGCAUGGUAAUCUGGUUGCAGUAUUCAGAGCUAUUACUUUCUGGCCUUCCAUUUGUUCCUCCUACAUUAUUUUCCAACAUGGAUGGGUGGACUUUAGAAGCCUGCAAUUGGGCCUUCUACUUCUCUUAUCUACUGUAGCAUCAAGGGUUACCAUUUGUUUUUGUGUAAACUUGCUCACAUUACAUAGACACCUUAUAGGCAGUUUUCUUAUAAGUUAGCCAUGUAGAGACACCUUGUUGCAGGCUGCAACAUUUGAUGUGGAACAUCACAGAUGAAUGUAUCACUUGCUGUAUUGUAAGCCCUUGCAGUCACAUUCUUUGAAGCUGUAAUCUGUGUACAGAUGUUUACCUGGGUUCUUUUUGCUCAUUUGAUGUGCGGAUAAUUGCAGCCACGUUGGCUGAUCGCUGAAGAUAAUAAAUAAAUGGAUAAUUAAGUUUUUGUAAA